AUGUUUCUGAUGCCAGCUUCUUCAGAGUUAAACAGUGGGCAGAACUUCUUAACCCAGUGGAUGGCGAAUCCUUCUCGGGCUGGGGUCAUAUUAAAUCGUGGAUUUCCUAUUUUAGAAGCAGAGGAAGAGAAGCCAGCAAAUGUGAACUUUUCUACCAGCUUUCCUAUUAAAGCCACAAAAUUUUCAAAUAGUUUCAGCUUUAUAAGGGAAGAAGAUUCACUUCAUGAAGAAGAGAAAUUGGAGCCUAACAGCCCGUACAAGUUACAGUCAGAUAAAUCUGAACCACAGAGAGUCUUUCCUUUAACUAAAGAGGGGCUACAGAUAGUGGCACGUCAGGAUGCUCCUGGACAAUGGGAAGAUAGCAAAAAUGAGUUUAUUGCAGAUCUUUUAAGUGAAUUCAAAGAAGUGCCUUUUAAAGACCCACUUGUUAAAAAGCUUGAACAGCUGAAAGAAGAGCAACAGAAGAAGCAGGAGCAGCUGAAGAAGCGGCAGCUCGAGCAGCUGCAGAGGCUCAUGGGUGAGCAGGAGGAGCUACUCGCCUUGGUGUCUGGGCAGCAGACACUCCCAGGUUUAACUCCACUGCCUGAUGACCAGAGCCAGAAAAAGUACAAACUUCUGGGAAAUUUAACCACUGUAGAGAAAACUACGCCCUUCUUGCCAUCAUAUAUCUACCAGAAUCAAAGCCAAGAAAAAAAACACCCUUCUAACAUUUUAUCCAGUGAACAAAAUGACUUCUCUAGAACUGCUCAUCAGGAUUUUGUUUUAACUUCAAGAAGUGGUGCUUCUCCCAGUGUGUUUUAUGAGGCACAGUGUCAGGAAGCACUUGUGGAAAAAAAUGAUUUGAAGGAAGAAAAUGAUAACUCUUCGAAAGGAGAAGGUAUUUUACCAUGUUUGGAGAAAAUGACGGAACAGAUUCAGGAAGGGAACGAUACGAACUUAAAAAAAAUUGGUGAUUCCUCAGAAGUGGUUAAUAUUGAAGAAAGGCCUAUUAAAGCUGCUAUUAGAGAAAGAAAACAAACUUUUGAAGACUACUUAGAGGAACAGAUUCGGUUGGAAGAACUAGAACUGCAACAAAAACAGCUGAAGGAAGCAGAAGGAUCUUUGCUUAUCAAAGCAAAACCAAAACAACCAUUCUUAAAACGAGGAGAAGGUUUAGCCAGAUUUACUAAUGCUAAAUCUAAGUUUCGGAAGGGGAGAGAAAGUAACCUAGUCACCACUCAGAGCAUUUCAGAGGACCAGCCUGUGUUUAAAUCAGAUAAACAACAAUUCCAGCGGAAAACUGCUCUUAUAAAUAAAGAAAUCUGUACAGAGAACCUUCCUGUUAAAAAGAACAGUAAAGUCAGAACCAAGUGUGGUUCGCUCACACUCAGUCAGAAGCCAAAAGUGCUUAAGAGUAAUAGUAGGAAAAGUCUUUCUCCAUCAAGAUUGAAAAUGCCAGCCGGGAAGAAAUGUGAUGGGCAAUUCAGAGAGCAGAUCAGUUUAGGAAAAAAAGUGGAAUCUAAUAAUAAAGAAAAUGUACCUGAGUGUACAAAACCUUGCGAUGUUGGUUGCACAAUCUGGAAUAAGGCACGCAGUAAAGACAGACUUCCCAUUUCCACAGGACUCAUCAGCUGUAUGGCUUCUCAGAGCCCAGCAAGUGAAACUUUGAAAGGGUCAGAAUCUUCUCUUGAUGUUUCUCUUCGGAAAAAGUUAGAGAAUUGGGAACGAGAAAAGGAAAAGGAAAAUUUGGAAUUAGAUGAAUUUUUGUUUUUAGAACAAGCUGCUGAUGAAAUAUCAUUUUCUAGUAACUCCUCAUUUGUACUGAAGAUCUUAGAGAGGGACCGGCAGAACUGCAGAGGUCGCCGGCUGUCUUCUACCCCUGUCAAAGGUGUGCGGGAAGAGAAGACAGCAACACUGGGUUCUUUUAGUCAGCAUAACCAAAACGAGGAUCUGGACCAUGCCCAGUGUGGAAGCAAGGCUGAGUGCGAGGUUGCUCCCAGACAACUUGAUUCAGUGUUCUCACCGGGAGGAUUGUGGGUGCCGUCCUGUGAAGUCAGGAGGAGAGUGUUCCAAACGAACCCUCCUGAAAGGCAGACCAGGUGGAAUGCAGGCAAUGGUGAAGGUGUUACAGACAGUGAUCAUAGCACCGAUUUGGAGGAACAGCUUGACGUCACUAUAAAGCUGUCAUCUGAGGGUAAGGAAAGGAGUUCCAGCAGCGGAGAAGAUAGUCCACAAGUCUGUGAUGGUAAGGGACCUUUUCGGGACAUCACGACUCAAGAGCAAGAGAAAAGGAGAGAUGUUGAUUUAGAUUUGUCUGAUAAGGAUUAUAGCAGUGAUGAUUCUCUCAUAAUAGAAAGCUUGAAAAAUAAAGUUUCUGAUUCCUCCAGAAGACACUCAUCUAUAAGUGUGAAUAAAAUUGACUUUGAUGAUGAAAGAACUUGGACUGACCUUGAAGAUAAUUCAUUUAAACAUGAUGGUGUUCUUGGGAAUGAAGCCAUUUAUGGGACUCCCCAGACCACCUGCCCUAACAAGAGUGAAAUGUGUGUACUGGACAAAACGAUAAAAAGGAAGGUUGUGCCAGUCAAGAAGGGAGAAGACUUGGGCAAAUCCAGUAGGGACCCAAGCCCUCCUCCUACCUCAGAUCUGAUGAUAGAAUUCUUUCCUUCUCUGAAAUCGAAGUCAAAGUCACACUCACGCUCGAGAAAUGAUCCCAAGUUAAACACAAGUCAAGACCACCCACCUGGUGGCAAUGCUCGAUCUCAAAUUUUGAGAGAGAAAAUUACUGAAUUGGAAACAGAAAUAGAAAAAUUUAAAGCUGAGAACGCAUCUUUAGCUAAACUUCGCAUUGAACGAGAAAGUGCCUUGGAAAAACUCAGGAAAGAAACUGCUGACUUUGAACAACAGAAAGCCAAAGAAUUGGCUCGAAUAGAGGAGUUUAAAAAGGAAGAAAUGAGGAAGUUACAAAAGGAACGCAAAGUUUUUGAAAAGUAUUCUACAGUUGCAAGAACUUUUCCAGAUAAAAAGGAACGUGAAGAAAUACAAGCUUUGAAGCGGCAGGUGUCUGAUUUACAGGAAGAUCUGAAAAGAAAGGAAGCAAAGUGGUCCAGUACACAAGGCCGUCUUAGAAGCCAGAUAGAAAUGUUGGUCAGAGAGAACACAGACCUCCGGGAGGAAAUAAAAGUGAUGGAAAGGUUCCGACUGGAUGCCUGGAAGAAAGCAGAAGCCACAGAGAGCAGCACCAGGAUGGGUCAGUGUGUGACCGCCUCAAAGAAAGAUGGGUUCUUGAAUUCAUCAGUUCGAUUUCAAAAGAGUCAGAUUUCUUCAGGAACCCAGGUAGAAAAGUACAAAAAAAAUUAUUUGCCAACACAAGGCAGUGCAUCUCAAAGAUCCAAGUCUGAGCCUCGUGAUUUAGGCAGCUCAGAGAAGGGACAGACGGCCUCACCCAGGGAGCUGCCUGAACCAGUGAACUUUUCAGAUCCUGAUUAUAAAGAGGAGGAUGAAAAAGAGGAAAUUCAGGGAGAAAUCAGCCAUCCUAAUGGAAAGAUAGAGAAGGUUUAUAAGAAUGGGUGCCAUGUUGUAUUGUUUCCAAAUGGAACGCGAAAGGAAGUGAGUGCAGAUGGGGAGACCGUUACUGUCACUUUCUUCAACGGUGAUAUCAAGCAGAUCAUGCCAGACGGGAGAGUGAUCUACUACUAUGCAGCCACGCAGACUGCCCAUACCACGUUCCCAGAAGGGCUGGAAGUUCUACAUUUCUCUAAUGGCCAGAUAGAAAAACAUUUCCCAGAUGGAAGAAAAGAAAUCACAUUUCCUGACCAGACUAUCAAAAACUUGUUUGCUGAUGGACAAGAAGAGAGCGUUUUCCCAGAUGGUACAGUUGUCAGGGUACAACGAGAUGGCAACAAAAUCAUAGAGUUUAACAAUGGCCAAAGAGAACUGCAUACGGCCCAGUUCAAGAGACGGGAGUAUCCAGACGGCACUGUGAAAACUGUGUACGCAAAUGGGCAUCAAGAGACCAAGUACACAUCUGGUCGAGUAAGAAUGAAAGACAAGGACGGUAAUGUUCUCAUGGACACAAAACUGUCAUGA